AUGGACUUCGUCUUCGGGUUUCCCGAAGACGUCCACAAGAAUACCAUUUUUCUUGUGUUUGUUGAUCGGUUCAGCAAGAUGUUUAUUCUUGUUGCUGCACCGGAGUCAAUCACAGCCCAGGGCUGUACUCGUUUCUUCAUCGAUACGAUCAUCCGACUUCACGGGUUACCCCGUGAACCCGUGUCUGAUAGGGACCCCCGAAUUGCAGCGAAGUUCUGGCAAUCCGUGCUCCUUUCACUUGGAACACGUUUGACGAUGUCAACUCAUGACUAUCCCGAAACAGAUGGUCCGACGGAACGCGUCAACUGCGUCCUCGAAGAGAUACUUCGAGGGUUUUCCCACUCGUUUACGAGUUGGAGUGAGUUCUGGCCGAUGGUGGAAUUCAUCAUCAACAAAUCGGUGCAUGCGUCGACAACGCGUACAACGUUUUUCGUGAAUGGCCUACGUCAUAUACGUUUUCCAGCCUUCUUAGAGUGUGACUCUAGUCUAAGAGGAAUGGACUCGCUCGAACAAGACCGAUCUGUUUCUUGCUCAUCACAUGUCGACAAUGACGUCGACAUGAAGGAUUCCGAUGUCGUUAGCAUUGACACCGAUGACGAUGAUGACGACGAUGCUGGCAUAAUAAGCAUCGCUAACGACUGCUACAGUAGGGACGACGACGCCCUCACUGGUGAAGACGACGUUCUUUUAGCAGUGCACACGAAGUGCACUGUUGUUGACAAGGAUGAAACAGCAGAGGAAUUUCUACUGACUCGCGAAGCUGUUGUCCGCUUCGCUUAA